AUGGCAACAAGAGCAACAAUAUCUCUGAAAACAACAGCGAAAGCAAAAGCAAUAAAAAGCUCAGCCGAACUGGCAUAUUACCUAAAGCAGAAAGCAGGACCGGCAUUAGUAUGGAAAACACUUACGACAAGAACAAUGUCAACAACAAAAACAGGAAUAAAGGGAGGAUUGCGUGGAUUCAUGCUUUACCGCUAUUUGACGACAGGAACAAAACCAACAAAGCAACGUGAAGGGCAGAAGCAGUGCAAAGAAUUUCAUUUAGAUGUAGAAAAUCCGUAG